GGUGUGGCAUUGAAAGCCAUGGCUCCUCCCGCAUUGGAUCUCGAAGCACGGCUAUUCCUCGUCUCUCCUUCUAGUACUACUCCGUGUAACCUCAUCAGGAAACAACAGAUCCGUCCGUACUGGAAAUACUGAAGUAACAUUAAACCACAAGCAUUUAGACUUAUAUUCUGGAUACAUAUCAUUGUUUAACGCACCACUGGGUCUUUUGAAGAUGUACUGCUCUAUCUAAGGCUGGCACCUCUUAUUUCCGAAUCACAAUUCCGGUUUUAUUGUGUUGCCUUUCCUAGUAAUAGUACAAGUAAGUAGGAAUUUAAGCGACUCAAGGUGACUGACCUCAGCGAGGGUCUCUGUGCUGAACAGACUUCGCAAAGGAAACCGAUCUGGGAAUUCAAAGGAUUAAGAUAUUCUGCAUCAAAACCACUUCAAAUCCGGAUCAUACAGAAGGGCUCUCCUCAUGCUCUGCGGAUCUGAAGGGAUUGAAGGAGCAUGGUAAAGCACCAGCCCUUGCAGGUCUAUGAGCGGCAGCUCUGCUUAUCGUGCCUCACAGGAAUCUAUGGUUGCCGUUGGAAACGGUACCAGCGGUCACAUGAUGACACGACAAAGUGGGAGCGCUUGUGGUUCCUGGUUCUCUGUUCCACCUUUUUCCUGAUCCUUUUCUGGUUGUAUUUCUGGUGGGAGGUCCACAAUGACUACAAUGAGUUUAACUGGUUUUUAUAUAACAGGACAGGCUAUUGGAGUGACUGGUCAAUUCCAAUACUCGUCACGACCGCGGCUGGCUUUUCCUACGUUGCUUUUUUACUGAUUCUAGCACUGUGUCACACCGCGGUGGGACAGCAGAUGAACCUGCACUGGCUGCACAAGUUUGCAGUGACAGUAGUCCUGGUAGUUACUGUGAUAUCAAUGAUCUCUAUGGAGCAGCUCUGGGGAGAGGAAUGGGACAUUCUGCUUCUCUCAUUCCAGGCUACAGGUCCAUUCUUGCACUUAGGAGCUGUAGCAGCCAUUACCUUGCUGGCCUGGCUUGUAGCUGGGCAGUUUGCACGAGCAGAAAAAAGCUGUUUCCAGGCUGUUUUACUCCUCACAUAUCUGACAGUUUUAACAGCACUUUACCUGGUCCCUCUGUCGAUCACCUCACCAUGUUUAAUGGAGAAGAACAACCUGGGACCAAAGCCAGCCAUCAUCGGCCAUCAGGGAGCCCCAAUGCUGGCUCCAGAAAACACUCUGAUGUCAUUCCAAGAGGCUAUAGAACAGAAGGCCAGUGGGCUUUACGCUGACGUCAAAAUCAGCCACGAUGGAGUCCCCUUCCUAAUGCAUGACAACACUCUGCGCAGGACGACGGACGUGGAGAAGCUGUUUCCAGAGAGAGUGGGUCAGGACUCCUCCAUGUUCAACUGGACUGAUCUGCAGGCACUCAACGCAGGGCAGUGGUUCCUCAAGGAUGACCCGUUCUGGACCGCAUCGUCGCUCUCGGAGGCGGAUUGGGCCCUCGCUGGAAACCAGUCUGUUUGCACCCUGAAUGAAGUACUGCAGCUGGCAAAGAAUAGCAGCAAAUCCAUCCUGUUCAAUGUGAGGAGGCCUCCCCCGGAGCACCCGCACCGAGAGAGCUGGAUCAACGUGACCCUGCACACAGUGCUGCAGUCUGGAAUCCAGCAGCAACACGUCAUGUGGACUCCUGACACAGACAGGCAGCUGGUGAGGCAGAUGGCUCCGGGGUUCCAGCAGACCUCUGCUGUCAAAAAGAGUGUGAAGAUACUUCAGGAGGAAGGCAUAGUCAGACUGAAUCUGAGGUACAACCAAGUCAGCACCCAGGAAAUCAGGGGCUCCAGAGAAGGGAACGUGAGCCUCACCCUGUUCACAGUGAGCGAGCCGUGGCUGUACUCUGUGCUGUGGUGCAGUGGAGUUCAGUCUGUCACCUCCGACGCGCCACACAUCCUCAGGAAGCUGCCUUAUCCCAUCUGGCUCAUGCCUCCAGAGGAAUACAAGCUGCUCUGGAUCGCAGCGGAUGUCAUUUCUUUUAUUGUAAUAAUAGGAGUUUUUGUGCUGCAGAACUAUCACAUGAUCAGAUGGCGUCUGGGAAGCAUAAGGAGCUACAAUCCCGAGCAGAUCAUGCUGAGCGCUGCGGUGCGCAGGUCCAGCCGAGAUGUGAACAUCAUGAAGGAGAAGCUCAUCUUUUCAGAAAUGAAUAACGGUCUUGGCAGUGCAGAGGAGCUGUCCCUGUGCUCUGAGAACGGGUAUGAGGGCUACACUAACGAAGCAAUCACUCCCAGAGACCAGCAGCACCAUGCCAGGAUGCAACCCAACUACGCACAGAAAACACCUUGCAUCCUGCAGGAUCACUAACCAAUGGGAUUGUGUUUCUUUCCACUCAACUACUGCCUCUUCUGACACGUUAUUGCUGAUUUGUUGAAGAUGUGUUUUGUAACAGGACAGUCAGACAGUAUCCUUGUAGUUUGGGUUUGUAGAACCUGCAGUGAUCGGGGGAAAAACAGGCUGAGAAAAGAUGUGCUGGCAGCAUCGAAACACAAACUGUGAGGGUCUGUUUGUUGCUGUUUUCAAGUCCUUGGCAAAUGAGUGACUUGAUGUAAAAAGUUUUGAUGUGGUUUGACAAUAAAGAUACAGUUUAUUCAGAAGAUAUAUAAUAUACCGUAGUAGCCAAGUAACCUUUUAGACCCUGUCCACACUACAUACCCGACCUGGAGAACAGCACUCUAAACCGUUCUCAAUAAUCCAGCUCAAAGCCUCCACACUGAAGAACUGUUUCAUGUUUAGACCCUGUCCACACUACAUACCCAAUCUGGAUAACGGCAUUCCAAACCGUUCUCAUUAAUCCAGCUCAAAGCCUCCACAUUAAAGAACAGUUUCAUGUUUAGACCCUGUCCACACUAUUAUUAUUAUUAUUUAUUUCUUAGCAGACGCCCUUAUCCAGGGCGACUUACAAUUGUUACAAGAUAUCACAUUAUUUUUACAUACAAUUACCCAUUUAUACAGUUGGGUUUUUACUGGAGCAAUCUAGAUAAAGUACCUUGCUCAAGGGUACAGCAGCAGUGUCCCCACCGGGGAUUGAACCCACGACCCUCCGGUCAAGAGUCCAGAGCCCUAACCACUACUCCACACUGCUGCCCUCCUACACACUACAUACCCGACCUGGAGAAAGGCACUCCAAACCGUUCUCAUUAAUCCAGCUCAAAGCCUCCACACUGAAGAACCGUUUCAUGUUUAGACGGGCGUAAUGCCCGCACACACUAUUACAAUAGUAUGUUUACAGUUCCUAGCAGCGCAGUGCUGCAGUGAAUCCUAGCAGUGGAAAUGAAUACGAUAGUAUCCCACCAUGCACUGUAUUUUAUUUUAAAAUAAUGUGUUAUGCUUCAUAUUAAUGGAGGUGCAUAUUGCUAAAAAGAAAUUUUGGAAAAAUACACACGCACACGCACAUACACACGCACACUGACGCACGCACACACACGUAGGGCUUGAAGUUUUCAGGUUUUAUUUUUAAUCAGGUGACAUCCCUUUAAAACAAACUGAGCUGAUUCUGUUUUCAUAAUUAAACUCAGAAAAAAGCUGUUAAUUACAAGACAAUCUUUGUUUUUACCUUCAUAUCACCUGAGCCUAAUUCUGGAUUUCACCAAACAUACCACAAAGCAUUCUGGGAUAUUGGAGGAUACACAAAAAAUGUAGUUGGGUAUUAGUGUCCACACUUCUAAUAAACCGCACUACCGAUGCGAUCUAAUUAGAACCGGACUCGAGACUACCCGCGGUGGGCUGCAGUCCGGUUUUCGGGUACGGUAUUAAACGCUGCGGAGUGUGGACGCUAACCGUAUUUAGCACUUUUAACCCGGUUUAAAGGUAUGGUGUGGACAGGGCCUUAGUUAUUUAUGUGUGUAGAUAUGGACGUAUGUACGUGUGUAUUUAUUGUGAGAAUAGUUAGAAAAUGUGGACUCAGUAGGUGAUGUGGCACAUGAGUGUAGUGAUCCCCCAGAAGGAGCUGAAUCCAUUUACACAGUAUUGAGAGGAGAGGGAACAAUAUAAUGAAACUUCAAGAUCUCUACAGUGUACAUCCCAGUGUGUUCCCAGUCACCCAGCUGUGUUUGAAAUGUGAACCGUGGCUUUGAUUCUUUACUUCCAGGAGUGGAUCCACAGGAAUAUGUAUUCUUCAUGAAGUGAAAGUGUUGAUAUGCUUUGCUGGGAUUUGAAUUGUGUGUGUGUGUGUGUGUGUAUCUCAAUCAAACCUGCUUAUUCUUACCUUUUGAAUACGACACACAGGUUGUGUGACAAGUCUGUUUGAGUCUCUGGUCCGGUUCAUUCUUAUUGUGUAUCAAUCCGCUUGACCAGUUUACAGGGGAAAGGGAACCGUUCUGAGGAGCUGUCCCGUUCAUAACUGUGGACUGAACCACAGGUCAGUCUGUGAGGAGCUGUCCCGUUCAUAACUGUGGACUGAACCACGGGUCAGUCUGUGAGGAUUUCAAGCCAUCAAUACAGUUCAAAGGGUUAAAUUCACAUCAAACAAGACAAUCAGGUUUCUGCGAUCUGGUGUCUGAACGGGUUCAACUGGAAACCAAACAGAGAGAGAGACGACGUGAAGAGAACAGCAUGCUCUGAAUUCAAGGACAGGUUUAUAUGGAGCGGAGUGGGUGGAAUGUUAGUCGUCAUGUUAUGUACCUUUGUAUAUCUCAGCAAAAUGAAUUACAGUCAGCAAAUAGCUGCCACUUACAGAAUGACUGGCUGUUAUUUACAAGUAUUUCCUCCAAUUACAUGUUCUGUGCUGUUUCUUUGGGACAUUCUUGUUUUUUUUUUGUUUGUAUUUGUAUGCUUUUUUGUGAUACCAAUCUGUGCAAUAAAUUAUUUUCCAAUUUG